CGUUGACAGAUUUGUUGAUCGGACGUCUCUAAUAUUUUAUAAUUUUCUCUAAAUAAAAUAGAUAUCUUAUGUAGAAUUGUUCUGUUAAAUAGUUAAUAAAACUAAGUUUUUUUUUAUUGGAAACACGUGCGGUAGGAGUGCGCCGGUUCAUUCGGCCACUCGGACGAGUACCUAUAAGUACUAUGGAAGAUAAUGAUAGUACAUCGGUUUGUGGUGAACGCGAAUCAAUAGUUUACAAUCCAUGCAUACUUAAUGGUGACGUAGAACAAAUGGAUAAAGAGAAUGAAGACGUAGAUGAAGUAGGCCAAGAUGAUUUGGCGAGAGCUGAAAAGAGACAGAGAGAGGAUAGUACUGGAGAUGAAGAUAGUUGGACUCAAAUAAAAGGCAAGAAAAAGACACGUCGUGACAAUAUUAGUACACUGCACAAGGAGAAAUAUGAAGUGUAUAUAUCACACAAAGAUCCUCUUCCUAAACAAUUUGCUUUGGCACGUCUUUUAAAAGACAAUAAUAUCGCCAAUGUCACCCAGGUCAAAUAUUUAAGCCCUUAUAAAAUUAGACUGCAAUUUGAAGAUGAGUUAGCUAUGAAUAAGUUGUGCAUCUGUGAAAAGCUAAUAGAAAAAGGUUGGAGAAUUCAAAAAGCUAUGCAACUUUCAUUAAGCUAUGGAUUAAUUAAAAAUGUUGACCUUGAGCUGUCUGAUGAAGAAAUACAUCAAUACAUUUCAUGCCCUGCUCCUGCUAAACUAUUAUCGGUCAGAAGAUUAAACCGCCGCAAUACCGUGGAUGGCGGGUGGUGCCCCAGUGAAUCUCUUCGACUUUGUUUUGAAGGUGACUUUUUACCGGCUUUCGUGAGUGUAUGUGACAUUAAUAUAAAAGUGUUGCCGUAUGUUCAUCAAGUCUCACAAUGCUCUUUGUGUUGGAAAUUUGGACAUAGUAGGAAAAUGUGUCAAACAAAGAAAAUUGUGUGUCCGAAAUGUGGGGGCCCUCAUGAAAAUUGCGAAACUCUAAAGUUUGUGUGUGUUAAUUGUAAGGGAGACCAUAUUUCGCUGAGUAAAACCUGUCCUGUUUAUAGGAAGGAGCGAAGGGUUAGGGAGAUUAUGUCUGAGUUUGGCUGUACUUACAGGAAAGCCCUGGAAUGUUAUAUCUCCCCUAAAAGUCAAGGUACACUAGAUACUGUUGUUCCAAUGCAGCCACCCUUAGCCAUGAACUCUCAGGACCUUUUCCCUUCGCUCAGUCAAGAAUCACUGCAGGUUAACCCAGAACCCACUUUUCGUUCUACGUAUGCCGAAGUAGUUCAAUCUAAGGUAACUGUUCACCCUUCAAAGGAGUUGUUUAGUUCACCUGUUAAAUCCAGUCAUAAAUUAAAACAAAAUAAAGCACAAUCCUCGAAAGAGAAAAGGCGUGAUGAUAACGAAGACUGGAUGUUCUGGAAUUCUGAGCCAGACUACAUUAGUCCAAAUCCAGAUUGUAAUGAAGAGGAUAAAAAUAAUCAGGGGCCUUCUUUCAGUGAAUUACUCUCUAGAAUAAAAGAAAUUAUUUUUCUUAAACAGUCUAAUCUUACAACGAAAGUGAAAUCUAUUAUACAAUUGUGCUUAGAAUGGUUAGUAUUGGUAGUAGUUAACUUUAUAUCUGAGUGGCCGAUGAUCAAAGUAUUGUGGAACUUGAUGAAUCUCCCGCGUGAUGGCUAAUAAGGUAUUAUUUAA